CAUUCAUUUGGGAUCAGGCUCAGCCGCCGUGACCAAGGUGAUCUCCACUGGAUGUUUUUAGAAAAAUUGCAGCCAGGAUCGCAUGUUCUGGCGCGUCAGAAAAUUCGAAAUGAGUGCUCGUGCUGAUAUGUGGUGGCAAGUUUAUGUUCACCGCUUACUUCUGUGAAACUUGCAAGGAUUUUCCCAGUCUAAUAAAUAUGAGUUCGCUCGCUCCCCACUUGCUGUAGCUCCUCACUUUCCAUUCUCGAAAGAUUUAUCCAGUCUUCUCUUCGCUGCUACCCCAGCAUCAUGGCACAUCCACUUACGGAGGAUUCAGAAUCUAAUGGCACUGACUUGAUGAGAUGGCUGCGCGUCAAUUUGUUGCCGUCUUUCUCAUACUUCCCUAGGGAGAAUGUCACUCCGGGCAAUGGUUCCGAUGAUUCAAAAGCUGUCCUGGAUUCUCCCCCAAGUGGCACUGACCCUGAAUCGUCUUAUGUUACCUCGCCUUCUGGGUCGCUUUCAACAUUCGAGGACUCUGCUGUUGCAUGUGAAGCCCCUUCCUUCGAGAGUGAUCUUCGUUCAUCAUCGAUGCAACAUUGCCCAAAAAUGGAAGUUGACUUCAAAAGAUACGGCGAGGAACCUGAGAAUCUCACAACUCAUAUUGCACGCACCCAGAAGUACCCCCACAGCAAUGGCGGAUUCGGCAAUAUUUGGAAGUGUAUAUUGAAAAAUUCUUUCCUCCGAAACGGUACUAAAGUAUCCCCGCAAGACGUUGCAGUGAAGUCUCUCAUAGUGCAAUCAAGGCGUCCAGAGGAUAUACAAGAAUUGAUCAAGAAACUGCGCCAGGAAGUCUUUGUUUGGCAAAAGCUAGAACACAGCCAUAUACUGCCUCUCUAUGGCAUUGCGGACGAAUUUGACGUCCUCCCGGCGCUAGUAUGUCCGUGGAUGAAAAACGGUUCUCUCGGUGAAUAUCUUGAUACAAUGUGGUGUGAGCAGCAGCCGCCGCCCAAAAUGCAUAUCCUCUUUCUUCUUCUCUCUCAAGUCGUUUUAGGUCUGCAGUAUCUGCAUUCUAAAAACAUUAUACACGGAGACCUUAUGCCUCCUAAUGUUCUGAUCGACGAGAACGGGGAUGCUCGCCUUGCGGACUUUGGUCUGUCGCGCCUGCUGGCGGAUCAUGAGACGUCUUUCUUUGCAUCUUACAGAUCAGGCGCAAUUCGUUGCGCUGCUCCAGAAAUCAUACCGCUUGAUCUUGACAGUUCCGACGAAUGUGCUAGCAAGCCAAAUGAAGCGAGUGACAUUUAUUCAUUUGGUUGCAUUAUGAUGCAGGUGCUAUCUGGCCGCAUCCCGUAUUUCGACAUGAAGGCAGAGCCUCGUGUCAUUGUGGCCAAAUCUAAAGGCAUUCUGCCAACACGACCCCCAUCGCCUAUAAUCGCCGAUGAUCACUGGUACUAUAUUGAACAAUGUUGGUCGACGCAGAUCGAGAUGCGGCCUUCGGUUGAUCACGUUCUGGACUAUAUAAAGGGAGAGCACGACAAGUUUAAACAGAGUUAG